CGCCGUCGCCGGCCACGUUCUGGGCCUGCGUCCGCGCCGCGCCGCCGCCGGGCCCUGGGUUAGCGGCGGAUCGUGCCCUCUUCCCACACACUCCUGAUGCCUCAUUUACCUCUGGCCACGCUUCUUCGAACGCCCUUUCAGGGGCCGAGGUCCUCGCCGAGCCUAACCAGACUUCAGCCCCUUUCUAUACAGUCACAGCCUCAUGGCUCACAGACCUCCCGCAGGAACCGAGAAGCCAAACAGAAGCGCCUGCGGGAGAAGCAGGCGGCACUGCAGGCUGGGAUUGUCGGGAAGAGCAAGUCACCCGCAGAAGCCAGGAAGGCCUGGAGUCUUAAGGAGGUCGUGUUAUAUGACAUUCCUACAGGACCUGGUGACAAGAAAGAUAUCUCUGGGCCGCUGCCUCCUGCUUACAGCCCCCGGUAUGUGGAAGCUGCUUGGUACCAGUGGUGGGUGCAAGAGGGCUUCUUCAAACCAGAGUAUCAGGCACGGCUGCCCCAGGCUACUGGGGAGACCUUUUCCAUGUGCAUCCCACCGCCCAAUGUCACGGGUUCCCUGCACCUCGGCCAUGCCCUCACCGUGGCCAUCCAGGAUGCCCUUGUGCGCUGGCACCGGAUGCGAGGGGAUCAAGUGCUGUGGGUCCCUGGCUCAGAUCACGCAGGAAUUGCUACACAGGCUGUGGUGGAGAAGCAGCUGUGGAAGGAGCGGGGAGUGAGGCGACACGAGCUGGGCCGGGAGGAAUUCCUCAGGGCAGUGUGGCAGUGGAAGGAGGAGAAAGGAGGCGACAUCUGCGAGCAGCUGCGCGCCCUGGGCUCGUCCCUGGACUGGGAUCGGGAGUGCUUCACCAUGGAUGCCGGCUCCUCCGUGGCUGUGACCGAAGCUUUUGUGCGACUCUACGACGCGGGAUUGCUGUACCGGAACCGCCAGCUUGUCAACUGGUCGUGUGCUUUAAGAUCAGCCAUCUCAGAUGUGGAGGUGGAGAGCCGGGCGCUGUCUGGCCGCACAGAGCUCCAGCUGCCUGGCUGCCCCAGUCCUGUGUCUUUUGGACUCCUCUUUUCUGUCGCCUUUCCAGUGGACGGAGAGCCUGAUGCGGAAGUCGUUGUGGGAACCACGAGGCCGGAGACGUUGCCCGGAGAUGUGGCGGUGGCUGUUCACCCCAAUGAUUCCCGCUAUGCGCACCUGCACGGGCAGCAGCUUCGUCACCCCUUGACAGGGCAGCUUCUCCCCCUCAUCACGGAUGCUGCUGUUCAGCCACAUGUGGGCACAGGGGCAGUGAAAGUGACACCUGCUCACAGUCCUGCUGAUGCGGAGAUGGGGGCGCGGCAUGGCCUGCGCCCUGUCAGUGUCAUUGCAGAGGAUGGGACCAUGGCGUCACCCUGCGGGGGCUGGCUACAGGGUGUCCACCGAUUUGUGGCCCGGGAGAAGAUUGUACUGGCACUGAGGGAGCGGGGCCUGUUCCGGGGCCUCCAGGACCACGCCAUGGUGCUGCCCAUCUGCAGCCGCUCGGGGGACGUGGUUGAGUACCUGCUGAAGAGGCAAUGGUUUGUCCGCUGCCAGGAGAUGGGGGACCAGGCUGCCAAGGCCGUGGCGUCAGGGGCCCUGGAGCUCCAUCCCUCCUUCCACCGGAAGAGCUGGCAGCACUGGUUUGCCCACAUCGGGGACUGGUGCAUUUCCCGGCAGCUGUGGUGGGGCCAUCGGAUUCCUGCCUACCUGGUCGUCGGGGAGCAUGCAGAGGGUGGCGAAGAGGACUGUUGGGUGGUCGGGCGGUCGGAGGCCGAGGCCAGAGAGGCUGCAGCAGCACUGACCGGAAGGCCAGGGGCUGAGCUGACCCUGGAGAGGGACCCUGAUGUCCUGGACACAUGGUUCUCCUCGGCUCUUUUCCCCUUCUCUGCCCUGGGCUGGCCCCGAGAGACCGCAGACCUUGUGCGUUUCUACCCCCUGUCACUUUUGGAAACGGGCAGUGACCUUCUGCUCUUCUGGGUGGGCCGCAUGGUUAUGCUGGGGACCCAGCUCACAGGCCAGCUGCCCUUCAGCAAGGUGCUGCUCCAUUCCAUGGUGCGGGAUAGGCAAGGUAGGAAGAUGAGCAAGUCCCUGGGGAACGUGCUGGACCCGCGGGACAUCAUCCACGGGGCGGACCUGCAGGAGCUGCAGGUGAAGCUGCGAGCUGGGAACCUGGACCCUGCAGAGCUGGCCUUUGCAACCGCUGCACAGAGAAAGGACUUUCCUCACGGGAUCCCUGAGUGUGGGACGGAUGCCCUGAGGUUCACACUGUGCUCUCACGGAGUGCAGGGGGGCGACCUGCACCUGUCUGUCCCUGAGGUCCAGAGCUGCCGCAGGUUCUGCAACAAGAUCUGGAAUGCCCUGCGCUUUAUCCUCAGUGCCUUGGGGGAGAAUUUUGUACCCCAGCCCCUAGAGGCGCUGGCCCCGUCCUCACCCGUGGAUGCCUGGAUCCUGAGCUGCCUGGCGCGGGCUGCCCGUGAGUGUGAGCGUGGCUUCCUCGCUCGCGAACUCCCGCUCGUCACCCACACCCUGCACCACUUCUGGCUGCACAGGCUCUGCGAUGUCUACCUGGAGGCUGUGAAGCCGGCGCUGUCCCUGGCGCCCCGCCCCCCAGGGCCUCCGCACGUCCUGUUCGCCUGCGCGGACGUCGGGCUCCGCCUCCUCGCCCCCCUGAUGCCCUUCCUGGCCGAGGAGCUCUGGCAGCGGCUGCCUCGCGGGCCGGGUGGGCCCCCCGCCCCCAGCAUCUGCAUCGCGCCCUACCCCACUGCCCGCAGCCUGGAGCACUGGCAACAGCCUGAGCUGGAGCGGCGCUUCUCCCAGAUCCUGGAGGCUGUGCAGGUGCUGCGGGCUCUCCGGGACACCUACCAGCUCACCAAGGCCCGGCCCCGAGUGCUGCUGCAGAGCUCGGAGCCAGCGGAGCAGGCUCUCUUCCAGGCCUUCCUGGAGCCCCUGGGAACCCUCAGCCACUGUGGGACUGUAGGCCUCCUGCUCCCGGGGGCAGCAGCUCCCUCUGGCUGGGCCCAGGCCUCUGUCAGUGACAGCGCUGUGCUCUACGUGGAGAUACAGGGCCUGGUGGACCCCCAGGCCCAGCUGCCCCUGCUGGCUGCCCGAAGGCACAAGCUGCAGGAGCAGCUCAAUGGCCUCAUCACCCGGACUCCAUCAGAAGGGGAGGCGGAGACUCGGAGGCUGCAAAGGCUCUCUGCCCUCCGGCUGGCACUGUCGAGGCUGGAGCAGGCGGCCUCGCACCUGCAGCAGCUAGUGGACAGCCCUCCCGGCCCCAGAGAGUGCUGAGCUCUGGCUCAGACCUGGCCUGAGGACAGUCAUCGUCAGCUGUCGGCGAGGGGAGCUCGGAGACCUCAGUGUGGCCACCUGCCUUGCUCGGUGGGUGCAGAAGCCCGCAGGACCGGCCAUUCCACCGGGGCUUGAGGGCACGUGCUGUCUGUCUCCUAGCCUGCUCCUGUUGGCCCACCUGGACGUGUGGGAAUGAGGAGAUUGAGAUAAACCCAAGAUCCC